AUGGGCCGUUUCAGCAGCUUCCAGAGGCAGCUGAACCUCUAUGACUUUCAGAGGAUCACGGAAGGCGUUGACAAGGGCGCCUACAGCCAUCCCAUGUUCCUGUACGGUCAACAGCAAGCGACGCUGUCCAUGAAGCGCAACAAGAUCAAGGGAGUCAAGAAGGCCAAGGAGGCUGCCCAGAAGGCUGCCGCAGCCAAGCUCGAAGAAGCCUCUGCUUCGAGCCAUAAUGUCGAAGGGGACGAUGACGAUUCGGUAUGA